AACAUUUCAUUCGAUCACCACCCAUCAAUCUUGAUCUCUCUCCCUCUCUUUCGUUUCGUCGACACGAUCUCAGUGUCUCGCCGCCAUGGAGGCCUCAAAGAAGCGCCCUCUCCAGAACAGCAACGCCGCCAACGUCCCCUCCGCUGCCGCGGCGGCGAAGGGGAAAACCAUCGAAGAAAUGUACCAGAAGAAGACGCAGCUGGAGCACGUCCUUCUCCGCCCCGAUACCUACGUCGGCUCGAUCGAGAAGCACACGCAAACACUCUGGGUCUACGAGAACGACGAGAUGGUUCACCGUCCUGUCACCUACGUCCCUGGCCUCUACAAGAUCUUCGAUGAGAUCCUCGUCAACGCCGCCGAUAACAAGCAGCGCGAUCCCAAAAUGGACUCGCUCAAGGUCACCAUCGAUCCGGAAGCCAACACGGUGUCGGUUUACAACAACGGUGACGGCGUCCCGGUGGAGAUCCAUCAGGAAGAGAAGGUUUAUGUGCCGGAAUUGAUCUUCGGUAACCUGCUCACCAGUAGCAACUACGACGAUCAGGAGAAGAAGACCACCGGCGGACGGAACGGUUUCGGUGCCAAGCUCACCAAUAUUUUCUCCACUGAGUUCAUCAUCGAGACCGCUGAUGGCAGGCGUCAGAAGAAGUAUAAGCAGGUUUUUUCUGAGAAUAUGAGUAAGAAGGCUGAGCCAGUGAUAUCCAAGUGCAAAGAGAAUGAGAACUGGACAAAGGUUACCUUCAAGCCGGACUUGGAAAAGUUCCAAAUGACCCAUCUUGAGGAAGAUGUUGUUGCUUUGAUGAAGAAGCGUGUGAUGGACAUGGCAGGUUGCCUUGGAAAGACUGUUAAGGUUGAACUCAAUGGGCAAUCGAUUCGUAUGAAGUCAUUUCGUGACUAUGCUGAUCUCUACCUGAAAUCUGCUGAGAAAUCAAGACCUGUGCCCCUUCCAAGGAUUCAUGCUAAAGUAGGUGAUAGGUGGGAGAUUUGCACGAGUCUAAGUGAUGGGCAGUUUCAACAGGUCAGCUUUGUGAAUGCCAUUAAUACAACCAAGGGUGGAACUCAUGUUGACUACAUCACCAAUCAGAUUACAACCUAUGUGAUGAACAAAGUAAAUAAAAAGAAAAAGGAUGCCAAUAUCAAGGCUCACAAUGUGAAGAAUCAUUUAUGGGUUUUUGUCAAUGUUCUUGUUGAUAACCCUGCUUUUGAUUCUCAAACUAAAGAGACUCUCACGACUAAAGCAGCUAAUCUCGGUUCUAAAUGUGAAGUUCCUGAAUCGAUGUUGAAGGAAGUUGCAAAUUCUGGAAUAUUGGACACUCUCCUAUCAUGGGCAGAUUUUAAGCAAAGCAAAGAUUUGAAGAAAACUGAUGGAACAAAGACUCAGAGACUUCGUGGGAUUGUUAAACUAGAGGAUGCCAAUGAUGCUGGUGGAAGGAACUCAGAUAAGUGUACCUUGAUACUGACAGAGGGAGAUUCUGCUAAGGCCCUUGCUAUGGCUGGGCUCUCAGUCGUGGGUCGGGACCAUUAUGGUGUGUUUCCAUUGAGAGGCAAAUUGCUCAAUGUGCGGGAAGCUAGCAAUAAGCAGAUAAUGGAUAAUGAAGAAAUUCAAAAUAUAAAGAAAAUUCUUGGACUGCAGCAAAACAAAGAGUAUUCUAACGUGAAGUCUUUGAGAUAUGGUCAUUUGAUGAUUAUGGCUGAUCAGGAUCAUGAUGGUUCCCACAUCAAAGGGUUACUGAUAAACUUCAUUCAUUCAUUCUGGCCAUCACUGCUUAAAGUUCCAUCAUUCAUGGUUGAAUUUACCACUCCCAUAAUAAGGGCUUUUCAUUCAAACGGGACAAAAUUAUCAUUUUAUUCAAUGCCCGAGUAUGAAUCAUGGAGAGAGAACUUGGGGAAUAAUGCAACUGGUUGGAAGAUAAAGUACUAUAAGGGUUUGGGUACAAGUACUCCUCAGGAAGGGAGAGAGUACUUUCGAGAUCUUGGUAAGCAUAGAAAAGACUUCGUUUGGGAAGAUGACUAUGAUGGGAGUGCAAUUGAGAUGGCCUUCAGUAAGAAGAAAGCUGAGGAUAGGAAGGUUUGGAUUCGCAAUUUUGAGCCUGGCAAUUAUCGUGAUCAUGUUGCAUCACGUAUAAACUAUAAGGACUUUGUGAACAAAGAACUUAUAUUGUUCUCUAGGGCUGAUCUUCAAAGGUCCAUUCCCUCGGUGGUUGAUGGCCUCAAACCAGGUCAAAGGAAGAUUCUUUUCUGCUCAUUUAAGAAAAAGUUGUUCAAGGAAAUAAAAGUAGGCCAAUUUAUUGGUUAUGUGUCCGAACACUCUGCUUACCACCAUGGUGAACAAAGUCUGGCUAGCACAAUCAUAGGAAUGGCACAGGACUUUGUUGGUAGCAACAACAUUAAUCUGCUGAAACCAAACGGUCAAUUUGGUACUCGUAACUUGGGAGGCAAAGACCAUGCUAGUUCCAGAUAUAUAUACACUGAACUAAAUCCUAUCACUCGGUGCCUCUUCCACGAGAAUGAUGAUAAGCUACUGGAAUACUUGAAUGAGGAUGGGAGGUCAAUUGAACCAAGCUGGUACAUUCCUAUUAUUCCUUUGGUUCUUGUUAAUGGAAGUGAAGGAAUUGGGACUGGCUGGAGUUCAUAUAUACCCAACUACAAUCCAAGGGAUAUUAUUGCGAAUGUUAGGCGUUUGUUAAACGAUGAGACUAUGGUUCCAAUGGAUCCUUGGUAUAGAGGAUUUAAGGGAAUCAUUGAGAAAAGCGCCAAGGAAGGGGGGUAUAUAGUGAAUGGUACAGUUGAGGAAAUUGAUGAACAAAGUUUCAGAAUAACAGAGCUGCCCAUCCGCAAGUGGACUCAAGAUUAUAAGCAGUUUCUUGAAUCCAUAACUGAUGGGUCACCCAAUGUCAAGGAUCCUCUCAUUGAGGAUUUCAGACAGAAUGGAGAUGACGCAAUGGUUGACAUUGAAAUCAGGAUGAAGCUGGAAAAAAUAGCGAUGAUUAUGCAAGAAGGACUGCUCAAGAAAUUUAAAUUGACUACCACAAUCAGCACAAGCAACAUGCAUCUUUUUGAUGCAGAAGGGAAAAUUAAGAAAUACGAAAAUCCUGAACAAAUUCUUGAGGAAUUCUUUCCUCUUAGGUUGGAUUAUUAUGAGAGAAGGAAGCAAUAUAUUCUGGAAAAUUUUGAACGACUUUUGUUGGUGCUGGACAACAAAGUUAGGUUCAUUUUAGGCGUUGUAAGUGGCGAAAUUGUCGUGAGCAACCGGAAGAAAGCUGAUUUAUUGAUGGAGCUGCAGCAGAAAGGUUUCACUCCAAUGCCAAAAAAAGGUAAAUCUGCAGAACCGCAAGUUGCUGGGGCUAAUGAUGAAAAUUCAGAAGAGCAGGAAGAUGAGAACACUAGAGAAGAGGCUGUCCGUGUUGAAGAAGCCAAAAGAGGUGACUAUGAAUAUCUGUUGUCCAUGUCUAUUGGCACUUUGACCCUCGAGAGUGUUCAGAAGCUGCUAGCUGAAAAAGAAGAAACGGAAAAGGAGUUUGAGAUUUUGAAGGCAACACCAUCAAAGUCUAUGUGGAUGAAGGAUCUAGAUGAGCUUGAAAAGAAACUUGAUGAACAAGAUGGCAAAGAGGCAGAGGACGAAAAAAAGAGAAUAAGCCAAGCGAGUAAAAGGACAUCCACUCGUGAUUUGGGCACAAAAGCAGCAAAGAAGCCUCCACAGCCACGAAAGAAUACGAAGAAGACCAAAAAUGCUGAGAGUGAUAAUUCUCCAAUGGAAACUGAGAAUGCUCCUGAAGUCAGUAAACCAAAAGGCAGAGCAGGUUCUAAGAAUACUCAGAACCAAAAGGCAGAGAAGGUUGCUGAUGAUGAAAUUUUAUCUCUUCAAGAACGCCUAGCUGCAUAUAACUUCGGAUCAUCCAGUGAUCAAUCCGGAGUGAUGGAAACCGAAGAGCCUGUUGUGAAGAAAGGGAAUAACAGAAAGGGUGGUGCCAAAAAGAAGUCAACCAUUGUGUUGGAUUCAUCGGAUAGUGAUAAUGAAAUUAAUGGUGUUGAUGACGAUGAUGAUGAUGACUUCGAAGACACUUCAGCUGGGAAAAAGAAGGGAGGAAGAAAACCUGCUGCUGCCAAGAAGCCAACAGCAACAGCUGCAGCCAAGAAGCCAACAGCAGCUGCUGCAGCCAAGAAGCCAACAGCAGCAGCCCCCAGGAAGAGGAAUGGAGCAGCAGCAGAAAGCAAGAAAUCUACAUUGAGUCAAAAAUUCAUAACUGACAUGUUGCAGCCUGCUGAGAGUGCAGGGAUAUCACCAGAGAAGAAAGUGAGGAAGAUGAGGGAGUCUCCAUUCAACAAGAAAAGUGGUUCUGUGCUUGGAAGGCUUGCAGGCAAAGACUUGGGUUCUUUAAGUGAAGACUUGUCCUCGGGUGGUUCGGGUGCAUCUAACUCUCCACCCAGUGCAGAUACGGAGGUGGUUGAGGUUGCACCAGCAGCAGGAAGAGCUAGGCCUCAGAGGGCUAGACCACAAGUAACGUAUGUGCUGAGUGAAUCCGAAAGUGACAAUGAUUCUGAUGCUAAACCUUCAGAUUUUUCUGACUUUGAAGAAGAUGAUGACUAGGCUGAUAUAGAUAACUUGAUACUCUGAUGAAACUUGAUCUGCUUCUCGUGGAUUUUAGCUUCCUAGUUUCGUGUUUCUGAACUUGAGUUGGAUAGUUUCGGAAGUUACUAGAAUGGAUUGUAGUUAAAUGGUUUUAAACUUCAUUAGUGCAAUAUGAAGUGCGGAAAAAAGGUUAAAUAAAAUUAACUUUGUAUAUUGAA